AUGUCGCGGUCUUCUCAACGCCCACCUCGCUGCCCGUUUCAGAGCAGGGGAACCUUGAACUACGCCAUAGAUGUCUCGCCUCUGAACGCAGAUAAUGGUAAUGAGGCGACCGUGAGGCUUCAUAGAUUCCCAUCCCAAGAAUCUUACUUCGAGGAGCAGCCACUGUGGAUUGAUGAUCUCUUGGGUGAAUCGGAAAUGAGCCCGAGAGGGGCUCUUCGGAGGUCUGCCAGCGAUUCAGUGGCCAUUUUGGACGUCCUAUCAGAGGGCUUUAACGACAUAGAUGUACAGGCAACUGAUGGAUCAGGUUGUAAACCGACAGAACACGUGCAUGAUACUGAAGGUGGUGGUGGAUUGGAGGCAAGCUGUGUGUAUGGUCCUAACUCGCCUAGGCAUAAGUCUAAUCAAAACCAAUCAGAGAGCGCAAUAGUCUCUGCACUUUGGGAAAACGUCCCGCGAUUCCCAUUCCAAUAUGCUGCUUCGGAUAUUCGUAGUGUUGCUGAGAUCAACCAAUACAAUGCUCAUGGGAACCUCCCUUUUUCGGCUGGGGACUUUGACCCUGAAAGGGCAUCAAGGAGGUAUAUUUUGUAAACCCUUGCUGAUGCUUUAAAAUUAAUUCCCACUUUCUCUUUCUUUUUUUCAUCGAGCAUAUCUGAUAUUGGUUUGCAUUCGAUUUUCUUUUUCUUUAUUUAUGAUAAAAUACAUUUGAAAGGCAUGCGUGCCUCAAAAGCAUACUCUAGCAUACUGCGGGAACAGAGAGUUCACAAUGCUAAUUUUUUUUUAGUGUUUUGGGUUAUACGAUUUGUUAGAUUAUCUUUCGCAUUGAAGAUUUACAUUGAUUUGAGCAUAACUUGUGGCUUUUCAGAAAAAAAAAAUCAGGCUUAAAAAGGGGGGGGUUUAUUUUGAGCGGCGCAGAUGUCAAUAUCUAUCCAUGAUUUUCCCAUUUUCCUUGUGGAAACAUGUGUAAACAUUGUAGAAAACCUUUCUUGUUUGGAAUACAAUUUCAUUUUCCUUCGCAGAAUGAAAGCAAACUGUGGAGAUAUGCGCAAUGAUGCUGUGCUCUUGAAAUGCUUACAUAGGCAUGCUUCUAGUGCACUUCUGGAGGACCGUCUAUCUUCCUGUUUUACUUUCCAUUCUCGCUGUUGCCUUGUAUUUUCGUCUUAACCGUUGAAAAGAUGUUGGGCAACGGUUUUUGCCAUGACUGCACCAACAUAUGCUUGAUUUUAUUAGAAUGAUCUGCAGCAUCUCCUAGAUCAUCGAGUUGCCAGGUGACCUGUAGCUCUCUCUUUUGCGGUUUAAACCAUUGUCAUGGAAUCUUUCCUAUGAUUUCCUGGCGAAUUGCAAUGAGAGUAUCUCCCAUUCUUUCGGAGAAUGAGAAAGUUUUGUAGUUUGUUCACCAGCUCAUAAGUGUGAAAUAGUGGGUGAAUCAAUCUCUGAGUUUCUGGAUGCUACGAAAGGGCCUAUAAUUUGGAGCCAGAUGAGAUGAGAUAUGGGCCUUUGCUUCAUUGGCUGUGCAUUUUCACGCUUCACAGCCCAUAUAAAUUAUUCAACAAAAUGUAAAAAUCUAGAAUGUUUUUCAGCAAUCCUCUCUCUCUCUCUCUCUCUCUCUCUCUCUCUCUCUCUCUCUCUCCCAUCCCAUAAACCCCAUAUAUAUACACACACCCAAACACAGACAGGUAUAUGUAUAAAUAUGUAUUUUUUUCAUCAAUUUCCUUCUCAACUUAGAAAUAUGAGGACUAAGCACCAACUUCUAUAUCAUGUUACGGUGGUGCCUUGUAUCUUGUUUCAUUUGCAGAUGGGUCAGGUUUUUCGGUGGCCUUGGUUACUGUUGUGAGAGUAAUUUAGCCUCUGUUGUUCUGCAUUAGUGGACGAGUGGGUUGAUAUCUUUUGGCUUGUAUUAAACACUCCUUGUUGUUUCAUACGCAUCUAGCUUAUGAUGUGUUUUCAUUGGCGCUGAAGAUUGUCACGAUAUUCAAGGAGGGUAAGCUGGGAACUGUAUUGUAAUCAUAUGGUUUACUCCCUUUGUAAUUGUUGGUUUGUGAUCAAUGACUUGAUCGUGGCUCAAAAUCCAUUAGUCUGACGACUAGUUGGUUUCAUGAACUUCUAGUAUACGUUCAUCUUUGAGAGUAUAUAUUAGAAUAGAGGUCUUGUCAAACUCCUGGUUUUUACGGUUGGAAGUGAUCAAUCAUGAAUUAUCGGAUGAUCAACAUUAACAGUUACUGUUGGAAAGGUUAGCAAGGUGGAAAGUAGGGUCCUCAAUAUAAUUAUUAGUGUCAAUGUUCAACGAUUUCCUUGGCCAUGCUCAGUAAAAUGGUGUGAUCAACGAUGUUGGCAACAGUUCUUCGGUUUGGACAGUGAAAUAAAUCAGUAAUGGUGAAAAUAACUCUCUUCCAGCAAGGCAUGGGAUUUUGUCCUACACAUAGAUCGCUGCUCAAGGUAAGGAGUCCCAUUAUCGUACUCGGAAUAACGCCUCUACUACAGCUACCGAUUAGAGCCAGUAUAACGCCUUGUCAGGUGUAAAAUAGGGCACAAAAAAUUUGGUGGGAAAAGUCUUUCAGGUUUUCUUGAUAUGAUUAUAACUCAAUGUCGCAACGGCAAACACAAACAGAAAUAUAUACUGUGACAUUCUUAGAGCUCCACACCAUGAUCUUUAGCUAUCAUUCUGCAAGAGAGAUAAGUUAUAGAAAGUGCAGCAAAUAAUGUGUACUAGGUUUCUGUUUUGUACUUAUGACCCUCAGUGAAGAUCCAAGACACCAGGGCGUGAUUUGGGCUAGGAUACAUGUAAUUCUGGGCUUCUCAUUCCAGCAGUCAAGAUGCUACAAGCUUCCUGAAGGCUUCAUCCAUGAGAGACGGUCUGCUCCACUAACUGAUGUCACCUGUUUGUUGGCCAUUCUAUAUCUUGACUUGAUUGGUACCCCAGCCAAGCUGGGGGUCCUCUUUUAGGUCUUAUCUGCAUGGCUCUUCCUGAAGCCCUAGAAACCUCCGAGAAAUAGUCUUCGGGUAUGAUAAUGAUUUUGGUUGAAUUAUUGGACAAGACGGUUUUUCUGCCUCCGGGGCUGGUAAUGAUUUUGCUUGUGGAUGAGCAUGCGCCAUUUUUUGCUUUGUGUUGUUGUCUUCAUGUGUAUAUAUGAUCAAAUCAAAUGCGACUUUCUCUCCUUUCAUAUGGCAAUCAACCUAUUUUUAUUCAGACACUAUGGGCAGCGAUCAAGGGUUCGCAAGCUUCAAUACAUUGCUGAACUUGAAAGAACCGUCAGUGUCUUCCAAGUGAGUGUGUUUCUGUGAUAAUUAUUUCCGGCAUCUUUUUAAUGGUAUAUAAUUUUUAUUUUUAUUUUUAUUUUUAUAAUGGGUCAAUUCUCAUCUGUUGAACAGACUUUAGAAGCAGAUCUGGCAGCCAAGGUCGCAUCUCUUUUUCAGCGACGAGCAGUUCUCUAUGAAGAAAAUAGUACGCUGAAGCAGCGGAUUGCAAGCCUCCGAAAAGAGAAAAUGAUCAAGGAUGGUCAGUAUCUUCCUCUUUUUUCUUUUUUUUUUUUUUUUUUUUGGGUUGUUCAAAGCUUUCUUCCUUUCUGUUGAAAUCCAAUGUUCGAGGCCUUUUUCUCUCUCUUUUGACCUGAAACUUGAGAAACAUUGAAUUGGGAGUGGGAGAGGGGGAGCAAGAAUCCGUGAGGGCUGCACAAACAUAAUCAAUCGGUCUCCUGUAAUUGGAUGGGCAUGACGCUUUUCGUAUGAGAUUUAAACCUCUGCAUCAUUUAGAUCCUAGUGAGGGUAUUAAUGAAACAAUGGAGAAUAAUACCAUAAUUAUUACUGUGGAUAUCUCAGACCUAAUGAGGGCGGUUUAUGAUUCAAUCCAUCGACUGCUUCUGACUGGUAUUGUCGUGUAAUCUUACUGUGCCUGUUUUACAUAUCAUCCACGGGAUGUCAGGUCAACACCAGUACCUGAAGAACGAGCUGAAGAGGAUGAAAGCAGUCUUCGGGCAUCACAGAAAGACCAAGAGCACGUCGUCAUUCCAGAUGGAUUCGAUUGAGAGGGGCUCCCUGGAAGCUACCUGGCAAUCACUGGACAUGGCGAAACUCAGCCUCGGCUGA